AUGGACAGAAGAGACCGCAAAACGAUAUUCUGUCCGGGUAUGAGAGCAGAACUGAAAGAGUUCACGAAAAACUGUGUACAGUGUGAAGACAGAAAACCUCCCCCUCAACAGGAAAAGUUGAAAAAACAUAGUGAUGGACUACGACCUUGGGACAAGGUCGGAUCGGACUUGUUCCAAAUACAGAACAGAUUAUAUCUCUUCGUCGUAGACUUCCACUCAAGCUUCAUCGAAGUGGAUCUUCUGACAGCGGCAACCAGUCAGCAAGUGAUUGACAAAAUGAAGAAACACUUUGCUAGAUUCGGAAUUCCCAGAGAACCGAUAACCGACGGUGGACCCCAGUAUAUGUCCACAGAAUUCCGUAACUUUACACAGAAGUGGGGUAUGAAGCAUCACAUAACGUCGCCCAACCACACAGCAUCAAACGGUUAA